AUGGCCAAGGACUUCCAAGACGUGCACUUGAGGGGCAAUUGGGUCAUCCAAGACAUUGGAUGGCACCUGAGAGACACUUUGGACAUGACCAGUCUGCCACUUCCAGGACAUGCCAUGGUUGAGGUCACUUUUGCCAUUCAAGGAAAUUGUGACAAGUUCUUGGCCACUCUGCAAGGACCUCUGAUUGCUGCCCUCAUGCUCAUGCUGGCCUCACUGUGGAUGCCUCCUGCACUCACACUCGCUGUGGCCGUCUUCAACACAGCCGUCAUCUUGGGCCUGUUCACUUACUAC